CAUGGCAGGAGAGAAGAAAAAGCUGCCGCAAGUCCCUGAGACCCUCUUGAAAAAAAGAAAGCAGCGUGAGGCUGCCAGAGAGAAAGCUAAGAAGAGUGCGAUAACAAGAAGAAAGAACCUCUCUGAGAAACGACAACUCAUCUUUAAAAGAGCAGAAAAGUAUGUAAGGGAAUAUCGUUUGAAGGAACGAGAUGAAAUUCGUUUGGCCAGACAAGCUCGUAAAAAUAAUGAUUUUUACGUUCCUGCUGAGCCAAAAUUGGCUUUCGUUUGCAGAAUCCGUGGUAUUAACGGAAUUCACCCUAAGCCAAGGAAAGUAAUGAAGUUGUUCCGCUUACUCCAAAUCAACAAUGGAGUCUUCUUGCGAUUAAAUAAAGCUACCGUCAACAUGCUCCGCAUCGCCGAACCCUACAUCACCUGGGGAACUCCAAACCUUAAAACGGUAAAAGAGCUGAUCUAUAAGCGUGGUUUUGCUAAAGUUAACGGACGCAGAGUAGCGUUGUCAGAUAACGCCAUAAUUGAAAACAAAUUGGGCAAAUAUGGUAUCAUCUGUGUCGAAGACCUGAUCCAUGAAAUCUUCACCGUUGGUCCACACUUCAAACAGGCUAAUAACUUUUUGUGGACAUUCAAGUUAAAUAACCCCAACGGCGGAUGGAGAAAAAAGAACAACCACUUUGUUGACGGUGGUGAUUAUGGUAAUCGCGAUGAUAAAGUAAACGCUUUACUCCGCAAAAUGAUUUAA